AAACUGUGCAACACGUCGUGUGUGCUUGCCGUUGAACUGUAAUGCACUGUUGACUUUCUUUACACGGUCACCUUCAGCCCACCGGGGCUGCACUCACACCUGCCACCUGUAGGGUCGCAUGUUACAGAUCUUCCGCGUUGUGGCAAGUGUAGGCAGCCACGGUUUCAGGCACAGCUCCUCGCCUUUUUUCUCGCUCAACAAGGCGGCGCGUCGAGGCUCUGCUGGAGUUUGCUGGCCCCCAGUUCCUCCUGUAAAGCUUACUGAGGAACAGUCAAAGAGCAGGCAGCACACUCCCAAGCUGAUCAUUAUCCCAGCUGUUGGAGAAAGCCCAAGCACAAUGGCGACGUCGGCAACAUCCGUCCUUGACAAGCGCAUUGGCUUCUUGGGCAGCGGCCAAAUGGCUGAGGCGCUUGCUCGCGGCUUGAUCAAGCGCGGCCUGAUCACUGCGGAUCAAAUUGUUUGCAACGACCCGAACCCUGUCCGCAAGGAGCUCUUCAGGAGCUUCGGUGCUACGCCCUACGACUCCAAUGCCGAUGUCGCCCGCCACUCGGACGUGUUGUUCGUGGCUGUGAAGCCGCAGCACGUGUCGCAGGUGCUGUCGGAGGUGCGGCCGGUGCUGGGAGAGGGACACACAGUGGUGUCCAUUGCGGCGGGCAUCACAGUGGAAAAGCUAGUUGAGGCGGCGGGUCCGGAUGCGCGUGUGGUCCGUGUGAUGCCCAACACGCCCUGCCUGGUGGGGGAGACGGCGGCAGCCAUGUGCCUGGGGGGCAAGGCCACCUGCGAGGACGAGGUGCUGGUCCGCCGCAUCUUCGAGGCGGUGGGCCGCAUCUACACGGUGGAUGAGAAGCUGCUGGCGGCGGUGACGGGGCUCAGCGGCAGCGGGCCCGCAUACGUGUUCAUGGCGAUUGAGGCGCUGGCGGAUGGGGGCGUGAGGGCGGGUCUCCCCCGCGACAUAGCCCAGGCUCUUGCCGCCCAAACCGUGCUGGGCAGUGCCAAGAUGGUGUUGGAGACGGGCAGCCACCCGGGGGCGCUGAAGGACAUGGUCACCUCGCCGGGGGGAACCACCAUUGCGGGUGUUCACGAGUUGGAGAAGGCGGGCGUGCGCGCGGCCUUCAUGAGCGCUGUGGUGGCGGCAACGGAGCGGGCCAACCAGCUGGCAAAGUCGUGAGGGGGGGUUGUGAAGUGACGGGGGAGAAGCGGGGUAAAGAUGAAGAAAUUGAUGGGGGGAAGGCGGCGUAAAAGAGGAGAGCCUAACGAACUGUGUGGGGAGGUGGGAGGGCGCGGAGAAGUGGAGGGGUAAGGCUAACGCCAUUAAAAAGGCAAAACAUGUGGAGUGGGGCAGGUACUGCGGUGGGAGAGGAGCCCGUGUGAGCUCUUUCGGAUGCGCAUCUUGCCAACCAACUAUGACAAAUAAGUAUGCCACAAGUGAGGGAGUGGAAGAGGCUUUGUGAUUGUGGUCCUUGUGGACCACCGCUCGGACCCCACAUGGUACGGCAGACGGAUAUUGCGACGUGCGUGCUUUGGUGUGGGUUUGACGGAGACUAGGAUUGGAGGUUAGGCGGGAUAUGGGCGUUGGUGGGCUAUUGUUGAGUUGGGUUUGAACCGGUAAGACAGGUACUUGCUAGAGAGCGUGGGUUCCCUCUUGCAUUGCGUUGGGGCCAGGGCCAAACACAGCAAGCGGCUUUUAGCUGCUAAUGCGUCAUCUGGCUUUACCGGUAGUUACUCUUCGAACUUGCACUUUGUUCGCAAGCAUGAGUGUCAAAGGCUGCUCAUAGUGCAUUUGUUUCGGGCAAGGUAACCCACGGGGCGUGCUUUUGGCUAGGCGCUCAAUAUUAACUGUAUGAGCAGCGUUUACCGGGGGUGGUCGUUGAGCUAGUGAGUACCAUAGAUAAGGUUUAGGGUCGGGGGGUGGGGCGAAACCACCGCAACCGUUAACGAGACGUGCGUCCGAGGCGCUUUCUUAUGACGUUGCCGGGGGUGUGCUAUUGACAAUUCUUGCUGAGCUUUGUUGCGUAUGAACAGCUCGGGUUGGUUUACUCGGGGGCUUACUGCCGUUUGUUGGCAAGGUGUUGGUAGACUUGUGGUCUGCUGCUGCUGCUGCGCGGGGUGGAGAGGGUCUUAUGUCCCCACUUAUCACUUAGGCUUAAUACCGUACUCUCGCAGGA